CCCGGCUCCCUCUCCCUGGGGCGGGAACGCUGCCGACGCGCUUCCUCGGUCUUCCCGCCAUUUUCUGCGUCUCUCCCCCUCCCCUCCGAGCAGUGGCUGAGGCAGAGCGCUGUGGUGAGUAUCGGGCGGUGUGGGACAGGGGCUCGCCCGCGCCGGGGGCGGAGGGGACAGCCUCUCCCCUCCGUCUCCUCGUCCUGCCCUGUCCUGCUCCGGGGCGGCUCUUGGCCGAGACCCAUUUGGGGGGCUGCAGGCAGCAGCCGCCCCGGAGUUGGGACGUGGCCGGCGGGCGUUUGGGCUCAUCGGCGCUGGGAGAAAGCCCCCGAGGGCCCCGCUCGUGAGGGCGGGGCGGGAUGUGGUGAUCGGGCGUCCCCGCGCUGCGGACGGGGAUGGCGGGUAGCUCCCUCAGGGGUCCGAAGAUGCUGUCGGUGGCGUCUGAUGGCGGCUUGAGCGGCAGCGGCAGCGUGCCUUAAUGGCCUGCGUACACGUACAUAAAGAUAUGUGCGCUCCCUUUUAUUUAUUUACUUUGACGACAGCCCUUUUUUAGCAUGGAAGGCAGAGGGCAGUUGGAAGGCUGCCUUGUGACAUGAAAUUUGCAUAACAAAGUCUAUUCCUUAUAUAAUCUGUAACUCUAAGCUAAAUCAAAUGCACACAGAAUUUUAAAAGGAUAUGUUUACUUGUUCAGCACACAUGCCCUCCAGGCCGGCUGGUAAAGGGGGAUGUUCUGGUGGAAUGUAUGUUCUAGAAACAAAGUAUUAAGUAAUACUAAACUAAAAAAAAACCCAAACAAACCAACCCUGGGUAUUACCAGAGUAUUGCAGAGAAGGCCUCCUGGCUUUAUUGGUAAUUUGUCCCAUUUGCUGUCUGUUGCGCACACUUUAGGAUCCCAAAGCUGAUUAUUUGUUUGCUGGGAAACAGCAAAACAGCAAAUUCCUUUUUCUUGUAACUUUAAGUUGUGACUAUUUUCACAGGAGUAUUUACACUGAUUGUAACUUAAUUUUAUUUUUUUAUAAUCCGUCAAAAAUACAUGAUUAUGUUGAGAUAUUUUUUUGUUAAAGGAUUUCUUGUUCCAUUUUCAGAGGAAACUUUAAAACUAAGGUUUAGAAGACAAGAUUCUGCUUGCUGCUGUGCUGAAGUAAAAAAAAUCUUUAUAAGCAAGAUCUUGAAGUGCAGUGUAACAUCACUGUAGUUUUGUGUUUAGGACAAGCUGAAAGCUCCUCUCAUUUUGGAGGAAUUAAAAUGAUUGUGGGUGGGUUUUUUUGUUUAAUGUGAGGAAAACUGUAUAAGUAAAUCACUUUUGCAGGCCAAUGAAGUGCUCAAUAUUUAUACCUGUUGCUUUUAAAUUAAUAGUAGUAUUCUAUUUUAUUAGUAAAUUUAUGUGAAUUAAGGAAAAACGUGCUUGCAAAGAUAAGGGAUUUAAUUGGUGUAAAAAUACGUGUCCUGAUUUGGUGAACAAAAUAUAUUAAGAUAUCCCUGAAAUAAAAAUUGUUUUCUAGUCUUUGAAUAGCCACUCUAAUCCAGAACAGCAUUCAGUUUUCUGGUGUGAUCUGACACUUCCUUUUUCCUGUGCAGACUCUUUUUGUUAAAAUACAGAAUAUUCAUUUAAAAUGACAAAAAAAUUACAACUGGAAUAAUACCCCAGAUUUUUUCAUGUAUUUGGAUCUUUUCUGCUUACAAAAAAUAUUUUAACCAUGAGCUGUGGAAAUGAUUUUGUGGAAACUCUUAAGAAAAUUGGAUAUCCAAAAGUUGAUGAGCUUAAUGGAGAAGAUUUUGAUUGGCUGUUUGAGUCUUUGGAAGACAAUUCAUUUCUGGAGUGGUUUUGUGGAAAUGUAAAUGAACAGCAUGUGGUAUCUGAAAAAGAACUGCAAGAUUUUGAUAAUCUUCUUCAGUCUGGUAAGCCCAUUUUGGAAGGAAAUGCACUGGAUGAAGUCCUUAAAACGUUGAAGCCCAUGGAUUCAAAGAACAGUAGCCAAGAGGAGGAGGAGGAACUGAAGAAAUUAGAGGAUGAGCUUCAAACUCUUCAGAAGUUAAAAAACCUUCAAAUUCAUCGGCAUAAUAAGCUUCAAAUGAUGGUUUCUGCAAACAGCCAUAUGUUACAAACAUUAAAAAGCAGAGAGGAAGCAGCACAUAAAGAUUUGAAAGAAGGACUAGAAGUGUUUACUGCAGCAAAUGCUAAGCUUAAUAAUGAACUGCUGUCUCUUACGGAUGCAGCUGAGAAAUUGGCCUCUUCCUUCACUGCUUCAGAUUCAGAACAAGGGCCAGGCCUACAUCCAGUAUUUUUUUCCCAACUUUCUUUGGACAAGUAUUUGUCUCAGGAAGAACAAAGCACUGCAGCAGUUACCUCAUACAUAAAAAACCAUUUUUAUCAAGGUAUGUCUGAAUGGGUUGAAAAUUCACAUGAAGGCAGCUUUCAGCUUGCAGAUAUAAGCAAGGAAGUUGCUUGUGACAAGACUAAUGAAGUUUGCGAAGAUAGUCAAGAGAUGGCCAGGCUCCAGACAGCAUAUAUUUGUGCUCAACAUCAGCUAAUUCAGAUGCAAGCUAAAGAGGAGAGCAUGGAUUCGGCUAUAAAAUGCGCGGAGAGCAUGCUGCAGUCCUUAGACAACAAGGAUAUUGGAAAACAAGAAAACCUUGAUGCUAAAAUAUCUAGUUUAAAUUAUGAAAUUUCAACAAUUAAACAAGAUAUAACUCAGAUAAACAAUGAAGAGCUCCUUCCCCUUCUGAAAGAGAAUGCACGACUUUUGAGCGUGCCAGUGGUGAAAGCGUACCUGGAUCAUCAGAUUGCUCAGCAGGACCAUUAUGCUUCAAGACAAGAUGAAAUAUGCAGGCAUUUGGUAAGACAGAAAGCAUCAUUUGAACUUAUUGAGCUAGCCCAUGAAAUGGAGUUGAAGAAACAUAAGGAGAUCUGCUGUCGACUUGAGAAUUUGGUAGAAUCUCUGAAACAGAGCAAUAAUGAGUUGCAACAGAGACUACAGGUGAUAACUGAGCGAACUCAGCAUGCGAAGCCAAGAAACAUUAUUAGUUCAAAAGAUGGUUUCUCUUGCAGGCUAUAUCAGCUUCUGGAAGGAGAAAAUAAAAAACAACAAUUGUUUAAAACGUACGAAAGCCUGGAGCAGAUGGCUCAGAAGUUAAAGCAGGACUGUGCUACAGUACAAGAUCAGAUAGCAGCAUCUUCUCAAGAACAGUCUCUCCUUUUGUCCAAGCUAAAAAGUGAUGUAGAUAGCCUUCAUGAUGUUCUGUAUUGUGGAGGAAAUCAAAUACAGCUCAGUAGUCGGGAACUUACUGAGCAGUUUCAUCAACUGGAAGUUGAUUUAAAUAAACUAAAUCAACUCCUUAUGGAUUUGAUUGCUGACGUGAAGUCAAAGAGAAACUUUUUAGAGUCCAAUAAGCUGCAUCAGAUGGAAAGAAACUUGUAUGUGUAUUUUUUCAAAGAUGAAGACCGCUUGAAAGAGAUGGUGGAAGAGCUUGAGCAGCAGUCUGAAGCUAAAGCUAGUGGUCUGGAAGAUUCGAAUUUCACCACCAGUGGAGUUCUUAAUGUUUAAACUUCAAUGUACUUUUAAGAAAGGAAAGCAUGUUAAUGUAAACUGUCUACAGGUUUAUGGAAUGAUAAGUAUUAGCUUAUCAAGGCUAACAUUUUUCUAUCAUUGCAAUGUUAUGUUUAGCUGCCACGAUUACCAAGUUUGGAUUGUAUGCUGUUCUAUGGCUUUUGGCAUCUGCCUGGCAAGUUCAAAUCUCAGUUUUGUCAAAGUUCUUUGAUAUGAAGUAAUAUGUUGGUUAUUUGAAUGAAUUACAUUCAGGCUGUUCUUCUGCUAGCCCGUAUGUUGAUUUCCACUGCACACAGCAUAGCACAAAAAGGAACAUUUCCUACCCUUGAGAUAAGUUUUCUUGCAUGCUAAGAACCUUUGAUACGUGAACUGAAAAAUAAAUGUGGAGAAGGCAUUCCAGAUUUUGGAACAUGAAUGUAAUGUGUUCCUUCUGAAGAGGAGAGUUCUCCAAGGCAGAUAUUCCGUGAUUGUUUCCCUUAGAGUUCUCCAAAGAAGAUUUGGUUUUGUUAAAAAUUUGUUGGAAUAUGUACCAGAAUCUGUCUCAAGUACGAAGACCAUCUGUUUUAAGACCAUUCUGGUAUCUCUUAAUUUAACUUACAGCCUAUCUUCUCCUUUGAAACCAGUCUAUACUUACACUGCGCUCUUCAAAGAAAAAGAAUUUUAAAUUUACUGUUUGGACUUCUGAGUUUGCUCUAUAAUUUAUAAUGAUAGGCAUUUCAAUUCAGAGUCCUGAUGCUUUCAUACUUCUGCUUUCAUAUCUAUUGUUAUACAGUUUAUCAAAUUUUUAUAUAGCUUCCUAAUACACCAAUGGAACUAAAUAGGCUUUUAUAGUAUGAUAACGUCCAGUCUUUUAUAUUUUGAUGGGAUCAUCUGUGCUUCCUUUCAAGCAUUGUACAUAUGGCUGAAGGUUAAUAAAUUAGCUUUAACUUCAGUAACAGUAGUGUUAAACCUAUUUUAAUGGCAGACUUUUAACUUACGUGAGUAUAACUUAUUUUUAAAUGUUUAAAUUUUUUUAACUUACUGGUUGGAUGUCUUUAUAUCUGGAUUUCAUGCUGCUUUACUCUAUACUUUGUGUUUAUUAUUAAAUGCCAAACACUGUAAAUUCA